AUGGCUCGGGCCCCCAGCGUUAGAGGGCCACUUCUGGUUUUGCUCCUGCAGCUUGUCCUCAUCUGCUCCGCUCAAAGGAACCAAGGACCCGCCGGCCCCCCGGGACCUGCAGGCGUCCCAGGAAUUGAUGGCGUUGCUGGAGAAAGGGGAGCAGAUGGCGAGGAUGGUCUUCCUGGGCCUGACGGAGACGCAGGUAAACCCGGCUCUUCAGGAUUACCUGGAAUUCCUGGAAACGACGGUUUGACCGGCCCUAUUGGAGAUCCUGGGCCCGAUGGUCCCCCCGGACAGAAAGGUGAACCGGGGAAACCUGGACCUCGAGGAGCAACUGGUGUUGGGCCAGAUGGACCCCCUGGACCACCCGGGCCUGGAGGACUUCUGGGUGAAGUGGGAAAAGUUGGACCACCUGGCGCUAUGGGUGUGAGAGGGCCACAGGGACCCCGUGGACCAACAGGGCCCAGAGGUGCAGCUGGAAUGCUUGGCAGUGCUGACCUGUGCCAAAACUCCUGUCCACCCGGGGCCCCUGGACAUCCCGGCCUCCCCGGCAUGAAGGGCCACAAAGGUGUCAAAGGCGAAGCAGGAGAACCCGGGAAACAAGGGCACAAGGGUGAGGAGGGAGACCAGGGGAGCCAAGGGGAGGUCGGAUCCCAAGGACCCAUGGGUCCUCAGGGAAUUCGUGGAGCCAUGGGAAUGAUGGGCCGCAAGGGAGAGAUGGGGGCUCGAGGUCUUGAUGGGGAUCCAGGUCCCCAGGGUGUUGCAGGAGCCACUGGGGAUCGAGGCCAGAGAGGCACCAUGGGCGAGGUUGGGCCUAAAGGUGAAAUGGGUAUUCAAGGGCUGAGAGGAAUCACAGGUCUUCCAGGUCCUAAAGGAGAGGCUGGCUUACCUGGUGUGGAUGGGCGCGAGGGUAUUCCUGGGAUGCCGGGGGCAAAGGGAGGCAUCGGGAAGGCGGGCGUUCCUGGAGAGGUCGGACUUCAGGGGCUUCCUGGUUUGCCUGGUUCACCCGGACAAAAAGGCUUGAGCGGCCCUAAGGGAGACGCUGGUCAGCCAGGCCUUCCUGGAACAAUGGGACCUGCUGGCAAAGCAGGCGAGCGCGGCGAGCAGGGAGAGGUGGGACCUGCCGGACCUAUCGGUGAACCCGGAGCCAUAGGAGAGCAAGGCCAUUCGGGUCCAGCCGGCAAGCCGGGUGCCAGGGGACCCAAAGGUGACCCCGGCCUUCCUGGUCUCCCUGGUCCUCCAGGCCUGCCCGGGGUGAAAGGAGAGAGGGGGGACCGUGGAGAACCAGGACCCAAGGGAGAGCAGGGAGUGCAAGGUGAUGAGGGAAACCCUGGAGAGAAAGGCGACGCUGGUGAGCCAGGAGAACCUGGACCUAAAGGAGAGCUCGGUAACCCCGGCGAGCCUGGCAGAAGGGGUCCCGAGGGAAGCCGAGGCCAGCCUGGCAUCGAGGGGCCGCCAGGGACACCUGGACCACGGGGCAUGCAGGGGAACAGGGGCACAUCUGGGGUCAGAGGGUCCCAGGGUCCUGCGGGUAAAGAGCCAAGUGAUCAGCACAUCAAACAAGUGUGCAUGCGAGUCAUGCAAGAACAGCUGGCCCAGUUAGCGGCUAGUUUAAGGAGGCCAGAGUCUGGCAUAGCUGGUUUACCUGGAAAACCUGGACCUCCAGGGCCUCCUGGGAUUCCUGGAGACAAUGGCUUACCUGGGCAGGGUGGAGCAAGAGGCCUUCCAGGACUCAAAGGGCCACCAGGAGCUAUGGGAGUCAAAGGACCCAAAGGUGAGAUGGGAGACAGAGGCUCCAGAGGGCCCACUGCACGAGGACCCAAAGGUCAGCCAGGACCUCCCGGACUACCAGGCGAGCCAGGCAAACCUGGCUACGGCCAGGAUGGUCGGGACGGGCAGAGGGGGCCUCCCGGUGUUCCCGGACAGCCCGGUGUACCCGGGCCUCCCGGUUCAGCCGGUCCUAAUGGUUACUGCGACCCGUCGGCCUGCAACCUCCAGGCGGGGGCCGCCCACCAGUCUCUGGAUGUGAAGGGACCAGCAGGGAACUAA